UGUGUAGCCAUGUAUACGUAUUAGUUAGGUGUCAAAUGAAGUAAGCCAUUACAAUUGUGUAAUCUAAAUGAAAUGUUUUUGUAGAACACUGAUUUAAAAUGACUUCAUGACGUCAUUUAAAAGCGCCGACGGAGUGAGGGAGAAUCAGAAAGCAUGGCUGUUGACAUGAGAUUACCAACUAUUCGUAAACAAGUGUCGUUAUCAAUCUCUUCGUCUGUUUUGGAUGGAAAAGACCUUGUAGUUCCCGGUGAUGUGCUUACUUCAGAUUCCGGAUUUAUGAGGGGGCAUGGCACGUACAUGGACGAUGAAAAAUUAACAGCCUCAGUAGCAGGAGAGGUGGAGAGGGUCAACAAACUAAUCUGUGUGCGUCCUCUUAAGACAAGGUUCAAUGGAGAGGUCGGAGACGUAGUGGUGGGCAGAAUCACCGAGGUGCAGCAGAAGAGAUGGAAGGUGGAAACCAACUCGAGGCUAGACUCUGUUCUGCUCCUAUCUUCCGUCAACCUGCCUGGAGGAGAGCUGAGGAGGAGGUCGGCUGAGGAUGAACUGACCAUGCGGGACUAUCUGCAGGAGGGAGACCUCAUCAGUGCUGAAGUGCAGUCUGUGUUCUCAGACGGAGCACUGUCUCUCCACACACGCAGUCUGAAAUACGGAAAGCUGGGCCAGGGGGUUCUGGUGCAGCUGUCGCCCUCCCUGAUCAAGAGGCAGAAGACUCACUUCCACAACCUCCCCUGCGGAGCCUCGCUCAUCCUGGGGAACAACGGCUUUGUGUGGCUGUACCCCACCCCAGGACAGCAGGCGGAGGAGGCCGGGGGGUACCAUACCAGCCUGGAGCCUGUGUCUCUGUCAGACCGGGAGGUGAUCUCCAGGCUGAGGAACUGCCUGCUGGCUCUGAGUGCUCACAUGGUGCUCCUGUAUGACACCAGCGUGCUGUACUGCUACGAGUCCUCGAUGCCUCACCAGAUCAAGGACAUCUUGAAACCGGAGGUUAUGGAGGAGAUUGUGAUGGUGACGCGUCAGAAACUGGUGGAACAGGAAGGAUAGAGACAGGAAGUAGAUAGAGGAGACAGGAAGUAGAGAGAGGAGACAGGAAGUAGAGAGAGGAGACAGGAAGUAGAGAGAGGAGACAGGAGGAGAGGAAGGAGAGAAGGAACAGGAGGAGACAGGAAGGAGAGAGGGAACAGGAGACAGGGAGCACACCUCGACCAGAGACUACAGAUAUUUAGUAUGGAUCCCAAACUCGAGCACUGAAACCUUGUCUUGAGGAGGCCAGGAGCAUCGUUUUAUUCCGGACAUUUUGUGAAACUUGCAUAUAACCUGUUGAUGCACUUGUCUGAUGACUGACCAGGAAAUGUAUCCAUCACACCUGGAAACCUUUCCCUUAUACCUGUAUGGAAAUGUGAUGACUGUUUCCGGAUGGAGUGGCCUUUGUUAUGCUGUUUAAGCAGGUGUACCUUUUUUUGUAAAUGUUUUAUAAAGAACUAAAGACGUGAUAAUGGUUGAAAACUCCUUAUUUUUUUGAGGGAAAUAAAUACUUGCAAGUCAUUAACUGCAUUGGAGUAA